GGGGUCAGGGUGACCGUUGUUAAUGCGAUCGGCGGGAUGUGGCGACGGCUGGAGUGUGCUCUGAGGGCCAGUGUCCGAGUUGGUUUGCGAUUUCAGUCAAGCAGCCAACCCUCUGCAGCUGUACUGAAGGCAAGUCAAACAUCAUCUGGAUUCAGUUUUGACUUCUCAGAUGAACAGAAAGAGUUCCAGGCAACAGCACAAAAAUUUGCUCGGGAGGAAAUUGUUCCAGCAGCCGCUGAUUAUGACAAGAGUGGAGAGUAUCCUGUUCCCCUUAUUAAGAGAGCAUGGGAACUGGGCCUGAUGAACACCCACAUUCCUGUGAGUUGCGGUGGAAUGGGACUAGGCAUCUUUGAUUCUUGUCUCAUCACGGAAGAACUAGCAUAUGGUUGUACCGGCAUUCAGACUGCAAUUGAGGCCAACUCACUGGGGCAAAUGCCAGUAAUCCUCGCAGGCAAUGAAGCACAGCAGAAGAAGUACUUGGGACGAAUGACUGAGGCCCCGUUGAUGUGUGCAUACUGUGUGACAGAACCUGGUGCUGGUUCCGAUGUGGCUGGCAUCAAGACCAGAGCAGAGAAAAAGGGCGAUGAAUACGUCAUCAACGGGCAGAAGAUGUGGAUCACAAAUGGUGGCCAAGCUAACUGGUAUUUUCUCCUCGCUCGCUCUGACCCAGAUCCGAAAGCCUCUGCAGGCAAGGCUUUCACUGGCUUCAUUGUAGAUGCUGACUCGCCUGGAAUCCAGAUUGGAAGGAAGGAGAUGAACAUGGGUCAGCGCUGUUCCGAUACUAGAGGCAUUGUUUUUGAAGAUGUGCGAGUGCCCAAGGAGAAUGUCCUCAUUGGUGAGGGAGCUGGCUUCAAAAUUGCAAUGGGAGCGUUUGACAAAACCAGACCACCGGUUGCUGCUGGAGCAGUUGGUUUAGCCCAGAGAGCCUUGGAUGAAGCUACCAAGUAUGCUUUGGAAAGGAAAACCUUUGGAAGAUUGCUCGCACAGCAUCAGGCAAUUUCCUUCAUGCUGGCAAACAUGGCCAUGAAGGUGGAAUUGGCACGAUUAGGUUACCAGAGAGCGGCCUGGGAAGUGGACCAGGGACGGAGGAACACGUACUACGCCUCCAUCGCGAAAGCCUUUGCGGGAGACAUCGCCAAUCAGGUUGCAAGUGAUGCUGUCCAGAUCUUUGGGGGCAAUGGUUUCAACAGUGAAUAUCCUGUCGAGAAACUGAUGAGAGAUGCUAAAAUCUACCAGAUCUAUGAAGGCACUGCUCAGAUCCAGAGAAUGAUCAUUGCACGGCAACACAUUGAGAAAUACGAGCAGUGAAGGGUCUGUCUGUGCACAUCAUCUAAAUGCUUCACAAUGCAAUUCUGAUUCCUAGACUUCCACCACCUGGACUCAUGUUUCUUUCUAUGCACUGGGGAGAAGGAUUAGUAUUUACUUUUCUUGAGAACAGAACCUCUUUUUGUAUCUAUAACAUUUUCUGAAAGUAUCGAAAAAAUUUACAGUGAUGGGGCACUCGAGAGAUUUUGGAAUUAAGUGAAAUUUAGUGGUGGACUGUAAUCGAACAAAACAAGAUGAACAAGUAAAGAGCUAAUAAUAAAGAAGCACUUCAGCUAAA